GCAAAGCAGGGGCUACCAGCAGUUCCAAAGCCAGCAGCAGUGGGCCUGUGGCCAGUGCACAAUACGUCUCUCAGGCAGAAGCCUCGGCUUUGCAGCAACAGCAGCAACAGUAUUACCAGUGGUACCAGCAGUACAACUAUGCCUAUCCGUACAGCUACUACUACCCCAUGAGCAUGUACCAGAGCUAUGGCUCCCCCUCCCAGUAUGGGAUGGCCAGCUCCUACGGCUCAGCUACAGCCCAGCAGCCAUCGGCUCCCCAGCACCAAGGGACUCUAAACCAGCCUCCAGUCCCUGGGAUGGAUGAGAGUAUGGCCUACCAGGCUUCCCCUCAGCAGCUACCUGCAGCCCAGCCCCCUCAGCCCUCAAACUCACAACAUGGGGCACAUAGUCUAAGCAACGGCCCUCAGCCUGGAACAGCCCCAACCACUCAGCACAGUCAGGCAGGGGCUCCUACAGGGCAGGCAUAUGGGCCGCACAGCUACAGCGAGCCUGCCAAACCUAAGAAGGGUCAGCAGUUAUGGACCCGCAUGAAACCAGCCCCUGGGACUGGAGGUCUAAAAUUUAACAUCCAGAAACGGCCCUUUGCAGUCACCAACCAGAGCUUCAGCUCCAAUUCAGAGGGUCAACACAGCAGCUUUGGGCCCCAGCCCAACUCCGAGAAAGCUCAGAACCACAGUGGGCCUUCUGGCCGGGGAAACCUGUCUGGGAAGCCGGAUGAUUGGCCUCAGGAUAUGAAGGAAUAUGUGGAACGGUGCUUCACAGCCUGCGAGUCAGAAGAGGACAAGGACCGAACAGAGAAACUGCUCAAAGAGGUGCUGCAGGCCCGGCUCCAGGAUGGCUCUGCCUACACCAUCGACUGGAGCAGAGAGCCUCUGCCUGGACAAUCUUGGGCUUGGUCCCUUUCCUGCACCACAGUGGCUGAAUUGCCGGGGCUGACCAGGGAGCCUGUGGCUGAGAGCCCCAAGAAGAAGCGGUGGGAGGCCCCUAGCAGCCUUCACCCUUCCAGGGGGGCAGGCUCGGUGACCAGGGGCGGGGGUGCCCAAUCCCAGCGAGGGACACCUGGGGCUGGGGGUGCUGGCCGAGCUCGGGGUAGCAGCUUCGCCAAGUUCGGCAACCGCAACGUCUUCAUGAAGGAUAACAGCUCUUCCUCCAGCACGGAUUCGCGCUCCCGCUCCUCAUCCAGGUCUCCUACUCGACACUUUCGGAGAAGUGACUCCCACUCAGACUCUGACAGCUCCUACUCAGGGAAUGAGUGCCACCCUGUAGGCCGCAGGAACCCACCCCCCAAGGGUCGGGGUGGUCGAGGGGCCCACAUGGAUCGAGGUCGAGGCAGAGCGCAGCGUGGAAAGAGACAUGACCUAGCUCCCACCAAACGCAGCCGGAAGAAGAUGGCAGCACUGGAGUGUGAGGACCCAGAGCGUGAGCUUAAGAAGCAAAAGAGGGCAGCCCGCUUCCAACAUGGGCACUCACGUCGCCUGCGCCUUGAACCUUUGGUGCUACAGAUGAGUAACCUGGAGAGCACUGGAGCUGACCCUGACUGGCAGGAGCUGCAGAUUGUGGGCACCUGUCCUGACAUUACAAAGCACUAUCUGCGGCUCACCUGUGCCCCAGACCCAUCAACUGUGCGGCCUGUAACUGUUUUGAAGAAGUCUUUGUGCAUGGUCAAGUCCCACUGGAAGGAGAAGCAGGACUACGCCUUUGCCUGUGAGCAGAUGAAGUCCAUUCGGCAGGACCUGACAGUGCAAGGCAUCCGGACGGAGUUCACUGUGGAGGUGUAUGAGACCCAUGCCCGCAUAGCCUUGGAGAAGGGUGACCAUGAAGAAUUCAACCAGUGCCAAACACAGCUUAAGUCACUAUACGCGGAGAACUUAGCAGGCAACGUGGGUGAAUUUACUGCAUACCGAAUCCUCUACUACAUCUUCACCAAGAACUCUGGAGACAUCACUACGGAACUGGCAUACCUCACGAGGGAGAUGAAGGCAGAUCCCUGUGUGUCCCAUGCUUUGGCACUGAGGGCAGCCUGGGCCCUGGGCAACUACCACCGCUUCUUCAGGCUCUAUUGCCAUGCACCUUGUAUGUCUGGCUACCUUGUGGACAAGUUUGCAGACCGGGAGCGCAAGGCCGCCCUCAAGGCCAUGAUCAAAACCUUCCGCCCUGCGCUGCCUGUCUGCUACCUGCAGGCCGAGUUGGCCUUCGAGGGCGACGCUGCCUGCUGGGCCUUCCUAGAGCCCUUGGGCCUGUCCUACACGGGCCCGGACAACUCCAGCGUGGACUGCCGCCUCAGCCUGGCGCAGCUGCCAGCCUUCUGAGCACUCAUCGAGCACGGGCGGGGGCAGGGCAGUGGCCCAGUGCCGCCUUUUCAAAUUUUGUUUUUGAGCCAUGGACAUGGGUUGUAAAAAUUUGUGGGGAGUAGGCUCCAGGAAGAGCCCCAUCCCUACCCCCGUUUCCCACCGGGGACCUGUA